AUGCCUGGCGCCUUUACUCUUAAACUCAAUAUCUUGUCCAUGAGGUUAAGAGGCGACAGUGAUGGAGAUGAUGAUGGUGAUGUAGGUGAUGGAGAUAGUGAGGGUGGAGAUUUGGGUAGGUUAGGAGGCGAUGGUGAUUUAGAAGGUGAGGAUGAGGGUGGAGAGUUUAGUGAGUCAGGAGGCAGCAGUGAUAAAGGUGAUGGUGAGGAUAAGGGUGAAGAUUUUGGUGGGCUAAGAGCGAGCGGUGAUGGAGAUGGUAAUGGUGAUGGCAAGGGUGGAGAUUUAGGUAGUCUAGGAGGUAACGGUGAUGGUGGAGAUAGUGGUGCUCUAGGAGGUAAUGGUGAUGGGGAUGGGGAGGGUGAGAGUGAAAAUAUAACUACGUCAUAA